UUGAAACACUUUUUGUUUUACGUAGUUUCCCUUCGCUCUACGAAGAGUGGAACGUGUUAUGGGUUUAUGCGUUGUGUUUCUUGACGAUUGUGUAGUUUUGCAGUGAAUAAUGUGAUAGUGUAGUUCGUUAUGGCAUUUAGAUACCGCGAAGAUUUAGUUGGCAAACGAUUUCUGUCUGUGAGUGGUGUGGCAAAAAUUAAUGUGAAUAAAGUUUCUGAAUGGGGAUGGAAAGCUGGUGUUAUCAGAGCAGCUUCACUAAAAGAUAACAAGAAUAAGGAGCUCCAGGUGUUAGUGGAAUAUGAUGGUGUCGAUUGGCAACGUCGCGAGUGGGUGGCAGUUCAUUCGCGAAGAACUUUCCGAGUGUUUUUAGUGGAAAGAACUUUAGUAUGGGCCCCUAAAAAAUAUGAAAACGAAGAAGUGAAAUGGCCCGCUCUGACGUUCACUCCGCUAUCCGCCGUGGACGUGACUCUCCAAGCUGACUGUCAGCCUGUCGAGUUCUUGCACGACCGCUCGCUGCAAUUCCUGGACUAUGCCAAUCUUCAACCAUUCCAGGAUUGGGACGCUCGUCUGGCGGGUUCCGAGACGGGUGUCGGUGCAGACUUACUAUCAUCAUUAUCUGCGGAGUCAGCGGAGUGGCGGAGUGCACAGGAUGGGCAGCGUAUCCUGACCUCCACGCCUUCGGUUCUCGGCGGCUGCCGUGCUCAGGUGUACCGCGUCGCCGGCGCCACGCAGUGGUACACCGCGGUUAUCGUUGGCGUCAAUGAACAUACCGGGGAACUCACAGUGACUGACGACACGGUGUUGGAAGAACACAGUGAGGAUCCCGCUCUGGUGCAAAUGAGACUUCUCGGUGAUGGAGUGAUCGAGUCUAUAAUGAGGGGGGAAGUCGUGGGCGUGAUGCCGAGAAGAUCUCGCUCCAACCUUCAAAGGAUUGAGAGAGAAAACAACAAGAGUCCGGCAACGACUGGAGGGAGAAAGAAACAAGCGGCAGUCAGAAGCAACGGACAGAUCGCUUCGGUUGAACCUCCACCACAGCAACAAACUGGCACAACCCAGGAGCUCGAGCAAAUCGAAAUCAACAAAAAAGGUGCAGAUAGCGCAAGCGAUGUUACCAUCGCCGAGCGGAGCAGUGACAAGUGCGUGAAACCCGAAGGGGAAUCGUGUGCAAAGAGUGAGGGUGAAGUGAGUGGUGCAAGUGGGCCAGCGGGCGCGGAUGGUGUUGCGAGCGUCGCCAGCGCCGUGGCCUCCGAGGAGGACGACUGUGUGAUAGUGUGCUCGCGGUCGCGCGAUGCGGACGAGCGCUCAGACUCGGGCGUGAGCGGCGUGCGGUCGGGCGGGUCGGCGGGCUCGGCGAGCUCGGUGGAAGAGCGCGAGUGGCGCGCUAUGGCGCACGGGUAUGGCGGCGGGCCGCCCCCGCCGCUGCUGCAGCUAGCGCCGCCGCCUGCCGCGCUCUACGGCGAGCUGCUGUGGAAGCCGCGCUACCAGCCGCCACUGCACGCACCGCUGCACCACGCUGUCUCCGUGUCCGUGGCUGACGAUUACCUCGCCGCCGCCACCGCCUCCGCCGCCGCCAGCGCUGCCUCCUACGACAGGGAGAGACAUGAAAGACUGCUACGUGAUAGAAGAGAACAAGAGCAACAGGCGAUGCUGGAAAAGCAGCAGAAGGAAAAAGAAAGGGAACGGAUAGAACGUGAACGCGAAAGAGAACGAGAAAGGGAGAGGGAAAGAGAAAAACAAGAAAGAGAAGAAAAAGAAAGAAGAGAACAAGAGAAUGCCGCAUCGAAGCUUGUUACGAGACAUUUCGAGGAAUCUCUUAGAUUGGCUAACCAAAAGCGCGAGCGGAGCAUGUCGCAGCAUGGGACCACGUGGCCAAUGCUGAACAGCCUGACGGCGCGGGGCGUGCCGCCAGGUCCUCCUGGCGGCGAGCACGAGCGGCUGCGGCCCGACGCGCGGUACUACGCUCCCGCGCCCGAGUACAGUCCGCAUGGCCCUCGACACGCCAUGUCCAAGCCGGACAAGUCCCACCCCGGACUGCCUAAGGGAGAGCCCAACUUCGCUCCCUACAACUACCCCCCGUAUCGGGGUUACGAGAAGCUCAAAGACCAGCACCUCCCGGCGCCGCCGCCACUAGUCCCCGAAAAGAACUCUGUGAUAGUGAAACACGAACCUAAACAAAUUCAUCUCGAACAGAAACAUCCUUAUCCGAGUAAACCGCGAAGUGAACCGUCCCAUUACCUGCAGCGACCGCAUCGGACGGGCUUGUCGCCGCACGCGCCACCGCAUCCGCACCAACAUCCUGCGUUGCAGACCUCGCCGCACGCUGCCUUGCCCGCUCAAGAUAAGUCCCGAAGGAUGUAUCAGCCCCCGCAGCGUUCGCCCGCCGCUUAUUACCAGACGGCGCCGGUCAAGCCGAAGGCGUCCAGUCCGGCGUCGUUGCAUAUGUACGCCAAGCAGGGCAACUCGCCCAGCCCGGCGCACUACACCGUCGCUGUGGAGCCGCCUCUGCUGCAGAUGACCAAGGCAGAACCACCGCCCGUGCCGUAUCCCCCGCCGUCGGCGUACUCGCCGGCGUCGGGCAACCGCCCUCCGCCGCACGCCUACUCCAGAAGUACUCCGGAGCCUCGAGCGCCGCCAAGAGCUCACGGUGACCUUGCCACGCCCGCUAUGUCGGCGUGUCAAACGCAACCAUUAGAUCUGGGCGUUGCUCGCGACGAUCCCGACAGAUUAUCUCCUCGGCGCCGCUACCCGUUCGAGCCGGCAGACGCGGACGCCAAACGGCGGCGAAUGGAUGAACUGCCAGCGCCCGAGCCGCUCAUCGCCGCGGCCGCAAGCGUGGGUCGAACACCUCUAGGGUCAGAGCCGGCGCCGCAAGCCCCCGGCCCGCCUUGCGACGUUAGAGUACCUUCCGCCGACGGCAGCGUAGAAACACCGGAGAAAGCCGCCGGUGCGUCGCCGGCGCCGCAAAUAACACCCGCCGCUAGUCCCGCUCCUCCUACGCCCGUCCCGCCGCUAUCGGUGUCGCCCCCGAUGACCGCUCCCACGCCGCCCGCUCCCCCGGCCACACCACCAGUCACCCCCUUCGGCGAUAACGAAACGCCCGCAAAAGUUGCAUCGCCAAAUCCACGCGACAGCUCAGCCCCUGUCAGACAUUUAGGCAAAAAGGCUUGGCUACAACGACAUGAAACUGCACCCAUAGGCGAGGGUGACUGUUCCGGGGGAGGUGGCACCUGCAUCACCCUGCCGAUGACUAUCAACCGCGUCUCGGAGCCGGACGACUCGAGUUCUAAUAUAGUGGUGCCCAUCGCCGCCAAGUCAAUACAGCGCGGGGCGCGUAAAACCUCUAAGCCGCGGAAACCUAAGGAGAGCAACGGUCGAGUGGACGACGACGAGGAAGACAGCUCCAGUUCGGAUCGCGAGUCGAACGCGCCGCCUAAGAGAAAGCCACCCAAGGCGAAACGGAAAAAAGGGAGUCUACCGCGGAAAGUCGGCGACGAACCAAAAAAAAAGAAAGCGUCUGAAAGCGGGAGCGAAAGCGACAAAGAAAGCGAUGACAAAGACUCCGAUUCCGGUGGCAGCGGGAGUGGCAGCGGAAGCAAUUCCAGUAAACGCGGAGGAGGCAGCCGGGCCAGGGGGCGGCGGUCGAGGGGCGGGGGCCGGGGAGGCAGACGGAAAGACGAUUCCCGCCGCACGCCGUCCUCCACUCUGCGACCGAGCAGCGAGUCCUUCUUGCAGAACGGGCCAUGCUUCGAGGUGGCGCCGCGGCUGGCCAAAUGCCGCGAGUGCCGCUGGUCGCCAGCGCAGCGCGACAAGGAUAUGCCCAAUAUAUUUUGCCGGUUCUACGCUUUCCGAAGACUGAAAUACGCCAAGAAUAGACAACUUGCCAUUGCCGGCUUCUCUGACCCUUAUAAGGAUGCCGAAGAGGAGGACAGAAAGCUUUGGUUAUCUUCGUCGGCCGGCGCCGCAGAAUUAGACAUAGAAAUGAGCUGCUUCUUGUUGCGAGAGAUCGGAGACCAGUUCUGUGAGCUGCUGCAGCAGGAGAAGGAGGCGGAGUCACAUCAUCUUAAUGAAGACAAGACGAUAGCGUGGAAGCGCGUGGUACAGGGCGUGCGGGAGAUGUGCGACGUUUGCGAGACAACGCUCUUCAAUUUCCACUGGACCUGCGGCAAGUGCGGCUUCGUCGUAUGUCUCGACUGUUAUAAGUCGCGAACAUCCGGCGACUCGGGCAGCUCCAGCAGUAGUGAAUCAAACAACUCAACAACUGCCACCACCAAUGGAGAGAGAGAUUCCUUCGGUUGGCUAACGUGCACGUCCGGCGGAGCUCACCCGGCGCGGCGGCUGCUGCUGACGCAGAUAGCGCCGGGCGGUGCGCUGGCGGCGGCGGCGAGGCGCGCGCACGACACCCGCGCCGCAUUCUCCCUCCCGCCCUGCGCCUGCGGGCACAGCGCCACGCCGCGGCCGCACAAGCAGGCGCGCGCCAAGGUGCUGCUGCAACGCGCACUCGCCAAGAAUGUCAAAAAGGAAGAAGUAAAAGAUGAAAAUUCACCAAACGGUACGUCGCCGGUUAAAUCAGAGAAUGGAACCACCAACAGUUCAAUAUUCAGCUGGCUGUCAGAUAUCCCGGCCAAGACGGAGAUUAAAGACGAGAAGUCUGACACCAGCUCCUCGGACUCUGAGGAGGGCGGCAACUUCUCCACGUUGAGAGAACUUCUAAUACGACCGGCGCCCGAGGGAGGGGAAACUCAGCCUAAAAAGAAACAGAAGAAGAACAAAGGAGAUUUGUUGGAUGACGUCAUAUCUAGCGUUGUUGAAGUGAAGAAGGAUGAAGAUGGUGAUGCGAAGCCGUUUGCGUUGUCGAAUGUGGUGAAGCGGUACGAGCGCGGCGGGCGCGGGCGCGACGACCUGCCCAUCCGCAUCAUGACGCUGACCGAGUCCAAGCUGCUGUAUCCCGAGGUGCCGCACGCCUGGCUGUGCGACGGCAAGCUGCUGCACCUCACAGACCCCGCGCACCCCGGCAACUACAGACCCUUCCAGGACCAAUGGAAGCGCGGCCAACCAGUUCUAGUCUCAGAUGUAUCCAGUCUCCUAGAUAAGGACCUGUGGAGUCCCGAGAGCUUCUCCCGCGACUUUGGCGACACGCGAGUGGACCUAGUCAACUGCGCCUCUGGCCUGGUCGUACCCAAUCAGCCCGCGAGGAAAUUUUGGGAUGGAUUCGAACUGGCCGCCAAGAGGCUGAGAGACGAACGAGGCGCCCCCAUGGUGCUGAAGUUGAAAGACUGGCCGCCGGGCGAAGACUUUGCGGAACUAUUGCCGGCGCGCUUCGACGACCUGAUGCGCGUGUUGCCGCUCAGCGAGUACACCUCGCGCAACGGCAAGCUGAACCUCGCGGCGCGCCUGCCCGAGUGCUUCGUCCGCCCCGACCUCGGCCCCAAGAUGUACACGGCGUACGGCGGCGCCGGCGGCACUACCAAUCUACACCUCGACGUCAGCGACGCCGUCAACGUGAUGGUGCACGCUAGCGCGCCCGCAGACGCGCCUGAGCGAGGCCGCGAGGCGGCGCGCGCGGCUGAGGACGCCGGCGUCGACGUGCUCUCGAGAAGGAGGGCGCGCGUCAAGCCGGCCGCUGCGUUGUGGCACAUCUACGCCGCGAAGGACGCGGAUAAAAUCCGGGAUUUCCUAGUCCGCGCGGAGCUGGAGCGCGGGGCGCGGCCGAGGCCUCAGCACGACCCCGUACACGACCAGACGUGGUACCUGGACGCGGCGCUGCGCGAGCGGCUGUACCGCGAGUACGGCGUGGAGGGGUACGCCAUCGUGCAGUGCCCAGGCGACGCGGUGUUCGUGCCGGGGGGCGCGCCGCACCAGGUACGCAACCUGCUCGAUUGCAUCAAGGUGGCGGAGGACUUCGUCUCGCCGGAGAACGUGUCGCGCUGCUUCGAGCUGGCGCAGGAGUUCCGCCGGCUGUCGCGCAGCCACGCCAACAAGGAGGACAAGCUGCAGAUAAAGAACAUCGUGUACCACGCGGUGAAGGACUCCCUCUGCUGCCUGGAGGAGGCGCUCGAGGAGAAGUGAAGCCCCUCCCACGCCCUCCCUUCCCCGCCCCAUUUGAUCUCAACCUCGAACGUAACGUUAAUCGCUAAGUUCCGCAUUUAACUUAAGAUUGCGCCGGCGCUGUCGGCGCGGCGCGGCGGUGUGUGUGCAAUGUAAAUUAGUCUGAAUAUGGUGAUAUCGUUGAGACGUGGAUGUUUUUAUGUUCCUUAAAUGAAUUACAAAAAGAACUUUUCAAAGUUUCAGCUUAAUUGUAGUUAAAUAGUGUAUGUAAUGUGUAAAUUGACUAAUUCGAAUUCCAUCGAGUACAUAUUAAGAAGUAACUUUUAAGUUAUUGUAUUGAAGUGAAAACGUAUUCGCUCGAAGCAUUGUACAUUAUUACGUGUAGAUAAGUUUCUCCUAUAAUAUUAGUUUUCUCAAUUUGUUUGGUAUGUUACAAACGGCAUAGUUAAACGAGAUGUGCGACAAUUUUAUUUUGUCCUUAUUGCUGUAUUAGACGAAAGCAUGUUUUUUUGUACUGUGUAUAUUAUGUACGGUUAUAAGUUGGAAUAAAAAAAGAUGUUUA